UGGAUCACCACCAACUCUGUCCAUUUGUUGAACAUUCAGUCAAACGAGCAAGUUCUCAGAAAAUGGAACUCGAAUUGGGACUCAAAAUCUCCAAGACAGUAGAUGGUUUUACCUCAUCAACUGACCUCCUAAUUGCCAAAGACCGAUCUGGCCCGCUUUUCGUGUCGAGAGAAACAAACUCCAUGUUCAUCCUCACUGCCCAUCUCAAAGGUUACAAGAGAGAAUUUGUGAAGAUCGAGAUAAACGAGGACGGGACCAGGAUUGCCAUAAGUGGCGAAAAGCCGGUUCAGGAAAUGGUCAUGGUAGGUUGGAUAAUGUACAAGAAGGAGAAGGAGAUGAGGGGGUUCAGGAAGGUUUUCAAGAUUCCUGAUGGGGUGAUUUUGGAUAAAAUCAACGCAAGGUUUAACGAAGAAGAGUUGGUUCUAACAAUUUCAAUGCCAAAGGCUGUGAAAGGGAUCCGCGGGGGAGGAGUCGAGGAAGUGAAAGAAGAGCAAGUUGUUGAAAAAUUGCCCGAUUCAUCUCCGAAGAAAGAAGAGCAAAAGGCAGAGAGUAGUACAUUGGAGAAUCAAGAUCAAGGUACAGGGACCGUCGAACCAACAAGAAUCGCACAUGAUCAAGCGAGUCAAGAGAAAGGAAUCGAAGCUCCUCCACCGUUACUACAGAAAGAUCAAGCUGGUGAAGGAAAUACUGCUGACGAAAUUCCCCGAGUGGAAAGGAAAAUGGAGGGAGAAGAAUCCGAAAGAGAGGAAUUCUCUCGAGGUGUCGCGGAACCGAAGGAAGACGAAAGUGGUCACGAAAUCGAUGAGAUUGAUACUCCACCGCCGGAACAGGUUACAGAUAUGAUUCAAGAAGUCGAAGCGAAAGACGAAAUCGAGAGAAGAGGAACUGAUAUCGAAGGAAAUGAACACGAAAAAGAAGACAUGGAUGUUAAUGAUGAGGAUGAAGAAGAAAAUGGGGGAGAAAAAUGUUGCGAAGAGGUUUAUCGCGAUGAGCCUCUCGAGAGGGAGAAAGAGAAGAGCCUUGGUGAUGAAGCAACGCAAGGGAAACAGCCCCAAGAGAAAAGUUCCAAGAUAUGUUGUGUUCCCAUUAUUGCAGGAUCGGCCUUUCUUUUGUCUAUUAUAGUUCUUGCGAUUCAUUUGAUUAGGAAAAAAAACCCACCUAGAAAAAAUGGAAAUUAGUGCUUAGAAAUCGAUGAAAUUGUGUUACGCCAAUGGUGGAUUAUUGAGGAUUCGACUCAUAGGAAAAUUUGUCAUUGCAUACAGUGCUUACCCUGUCAUCAGGGUUUUCGAAAGUUGAUCUACAUAUUUGACAUUUUUGCAGUGUUUGAGCUAAGUUAGGGAUAUUAUGUUCCAUCAAUUACUGGA